AUGCAAGCCAGUCGGAUGUCGGAUCGCAGCUCGCCGCCGCCCGCCGCCGCCCGCCGCGUGUCACCCGCGCUAAUUGUUGUUCAUAAUUUGUUGGAGCGCCGCCACCGCAAGAUAAUUACAACCAUGUUCCACAAUAAACCGUGUCAGAGGAAAUGCGCCGCGAUUACAGCCCGUUAUCAAAGGCCGGUGAGGCACCUACGUACAAUGUACAUGCUGCGACGUCGACAGGCGGGCACAGGCCAAGGCGUGCGA